UCCGACUCUCAAAGGGCUCUGCUCUCUUCCCUUCUGCCCUUCCCCAUCCCAACCUCUGGACUCCUGGCCAGGCCACCAUGGCCCCAAAGAAGAAAGGAGGGCGCAAGAAAGAGGAGGCCCAGAAAGAGCCGGAUCCAGAAGAGGACAUUGUUCCUGAGCACAGCCGACAGUUUUACCUGAUUCAGAUCCGAGAUUUGGAAGGAAGAGUGGCCCGCUAUCAGAAAAAAUGGGACGAGUUGCAAGUGGGCGAAGACCUCUUCCGGAGCGAGUACGACAAGAUCGUCAAGGACAACAAGGAGAUCGUGGCCUUCCUGAAGAAGACGCUGAACCAGCGUGUCGACGAGAUUGCGGAUCUCACCGAGCAGCUCCAGAACUUGCAGCAUGCCAAAGACACGGAGAAGGAUGCCUUCGAGACCCAGCUGGUGCAGCUGAGACAUGAGUUCCAGGAGACCAAGGACCAGCUGACUUCGGAGAACAUGGCGCUAAGUGGCAAGCUGGCUUCUCUGGAGGAGUUCAGGGUCCAGAAGGAGGAACUGAUGGCUAGAUUUGCUGAUUUGGAGGAGCAGCUGAAGAAGCAGGAGGCAGAUCACAAGGAGUAUAUCUACAACCUGGACAAGAAAGCUGUGCUAGACAAGGAAAGGCUGAAGAAGGAGAUGUUGCACCGCGUGAACGUGGUGGCCUCGGAGUUCCGGAAGGUCUCCGACAGCCAGAUGGCGGAGACCACCAAGCGCGCCAUCCGCGAGAAUGCCACCAUCAGCCUCCAGCUGACCAAGAUCACCGACCAGAGCCUGCAGCUCAUGCAAGAGAACGACCGGCUGAAGGAAGCCUGCGCAGAACUCACCAAGCAGCUGAACGUGCUGGAGCACAACGAGAAGACCUUGGCCAAGAUGAGCUUCAGCAACCAGAAGCUGAUCCAGAUGCUCACCAGCAAAUGCAAGGAGCUGCAGGCCCAGGUGGACAGGUGUGCGUAUCAGCAGAAGGCCAUGAUGGAACUGCGGAAGACCAAGGAAGCCCUGGAGAAGCAGGUUGCGGCAAUCAAAGAGGCAAUGAAGAAGCAGAAGAAGGAGAUGAAAGAGAAAACAACUGACCAGCAAGGGCAGGCCAAGCAGCUGCAGGAAGAAAAGCAACGCCGGAAGGCGAUGGAGCUCAUCCUGAGGCACACUGCCCAGGGCCUCAAGGAGAUUCUGUCGGACUGCCCAGCCGUGGACGAGCAGGACCAGUUCUUGACGUACCACUUGUGGCGCAACGACAUGCUCCAGGACCUCCUGAACCUUCUGAACAGAGGCAUCGCCCACGUCGAGGACCAACAGGCCUUCCUGCCGUUCUCCAAAGAGAACGAGGAGAUGAAGCGGAUCUCUGCGGAGGACAGCAGCUACGACAAGAGCCUCCUGCACCUCAAGGCUUCCCGCAUCAUGUCGCACUGCCAGCUUAGCAAGAUGUCGUUGCCCUUGGUUGCCCACAGCAUGCCCUCCUUGACCAUGCUUUCCCAGACCCCCCUGCUGGAGCCACUCCGCACAUACGCCAGCGCCACGGAGCCUCUAAUGUCGUGGAAGCAAGAGGAGGGAUCCAAGGACAAAGAGGUGGUGCUCAAAGAGGAGCAUCGGGAGUCCGGGAUCGCUGUGGCGCACCCCUCCGAGGAAAUGCCCAGCAAGCCGGGAGAGGAGGGAAAAGCUGAGAAACUCUCGCCGUCUACAGAAUCUUCUCCUCUCGGAGAGACGACGGCAGGCGGGGUUGGAUCGUGAAGAGGUUUUUUUUUUUUUAAACAAAAGUAUUUUUUAUGGCCUGUGUAAAAACUGCUCUAUAAAAUGCUUCCAAAGCCA